AUAAAAAGUGAGGAGAGAGAGAAAAAGGGAUAACCGUUUCUUUUUUUUUAUAUAUAUAUAUGUCAACUUUUUACUUGUAUACCAUUUUGUUUAUUCUCAUCAUGUCAUUUUUUUAUUACAGUCCAAAUAAGCUCAUAUCCUAUUUAUUUAAAAAUACACAACGCAUAAGAGUAAAUUGUUGGUACUGUAACACGGAUGCCAUCCUAGACUUGAGUUCAGGCGGAUCAGCCAGAUAUUGGAUAUGUCAAAGGUGUGAAAGUGAGAAUUUUAGAGAUGAGCAAGGGCAAGUGAUGGACCCCAUUGUUCCCUCAAAAUGCACGAAACCACCAAAAAUAACGGAUUAUAGACCCUAUAUAUCAGAUCCAAACAAGCCGACACUUUGCAAUGAAUGUCAAAAGGCUCAGGCACUCAUAUUAUAUCUAUCAGAAGGAUUUAUUCCAGAUGAUGAAAAUGAAUUUGAUUAUAAGGAAAGAUGUCAGCAGUACUUGUCACAUAAAAGAUACCUUGAUGAUAGAUAUGAUCUAUGCCAAGAAUGUCAUGAUGAAGUUGCAGCGUACCUUGAACAACAGACCCAGCAAUUUGGACCAGCAAGACUAUACGAACCAAACGAAGACGCCAUUCCACCCCCAGAACCACAAGAUACAUUCAUGGUCAAAGAGUGCAACCGUAAUAGAUCAAUGACCAAAUUCAAGCUACAACGGCUGUUUUGGAUAUCGAUGCAUGUAUUUACUCUACUCUACCUUUAUUACGGUAAGAUAGUAUGCCAUUAUUAUUUUCAUUCAUUCUUUGCUAAUGAGACUAUUGCUUUUGUUAGUCACUUGUUAUCCAGCAGCAAUUACAGACCAUAACCCGUUUUCUAUCAGCAUAAAGAGUUACAUUGCUCAAGCAUAUCACACCUAUAAAGAAACAAAUACCUGGAAUGAAUGCAUUUGGCUAUUUAUCAACUACAUCAAGAGCAUUAUCCCAAGAUACUACAACUU